CCAAAAAUCAAAGAAGAAUGGCUUUUCUACAACUUCAAUCAAUACUAAAACAAUAUUCCUCUUAUUAUUAUUAUUAUGAGCAACAUUACUCAACCCUUUACUACUUAGCCAUUUUUGGCUUCAUAACCAUCUUUCUUGUGCUUAAUUUCACAAUAACAAAAAAAGGACGAAAAUCCAAUAAUCUUCCACCAUCACCACCAAAGCUACCAUUCAUUGGAAACCUUCAUCAACUAGGAACAUUACCCCACCGUUCCUUCCAUGAACUCUCAAAGAAGCAUGGCCCUCUCAUGUCCCUUCAACUUGGACAAACACCAGCCAUUGUUGUUUCUUCGGUUGAUGUGGCCAAAGAAAUCAUCAAAAACCAUGAUGUUGUUUUCUCCAACAGGCCCCAAACAACAUCCGAGAGAAUCAUUAUGUAUGGAUGCAAGGAUGUUGCUUUUGCACCCUAUGGUGACGAGUGGAGACAGAAAAGAAAGAUUUGUGUUCUUGAGCUUCUAAGCCUUAAAAGGGUGCGAUCCUUUCAAUCCAUUCGUGAAGAGGAGGUUGCCGAAUUGGUUGAUAGCUUACGUGAAGCAUGUGGAAGCAACAAAGAGUCAUGUGUGAACCUUAGUGAGUUGAUAAUUGCAACAUCAAACAACAUAGUGUCAAGAUGUGUUCUUGGACAAAAGUAUGAUAACCCAAGUGGGAGUAGCAGCUUUGGAGAGCUUGGAAGGAAGAUGAUGAGAGAAUUGGCUGCUUUUAGUGUGGGAGAUUUCUUCCCUUUAUUGGGUUGGGUUGAUUUUCUCACUGGCCAAAUACAAGAAUUCAAGGCCACUUUUCAUGCAUUAGAUUGUUUCUAUGAUAAGGUACUUGAAGAACAUAGGAGAAUGCUUAAGAAAGGAAAUGAUGAUGAUAAGAAAGACUUUGUUGAUUUACUUCUUCAAGUUCAAGAGGAUGGUGUGCAUCAUGACUUUCACCUCUCCAAUGAUAAUCUCAAAGCAAUCCUAAUGGACGUGUUUGCGGGAGGUGGUGACACUACUUCAACACUUUUGGAGUGGACAUUUGCAGAACUGAUUAAGAAUCCAAAGAUCAUGAAAAAAGUUCAAGAAGAAGUAAGAAAUGUUGUUGGGUAUAAACAAAAAAUAGAUGAAAAUGAUGUGAAUCAAAUGGAAUACAUGAAAUGUGUGAUCAAAGAAAUUCUAAGAUUGCAUCCACCUGCUCCUUUAUUAAUACCCCGUGAAACCCUAAGUGAUGUGAAGCUAAAAGGUUAUGAUAUUCCAUCAAAGACAAAGGUAUAUUUGAAUGCAUGGACAAUUCAAAGGGACCCUGAAAUUUGGAACAACCCUGAAGAGUUCAUUCCUGAGAGAUUUGAGAAAAGUCAAAUUGAUUUUAUGGGUCAACAUUUGGAACUUAUACCCUUUGGUUUCGGAAGAAGGGGUUGUGCUGGAAUUUCAUUUGCAAUUGCUUCCACUGAACAUAUUCUUGCUAAUCUUCUAUAUUGGUUUGAUUGGAAGCUGCCCAAUAAUAAUAAUAAUGAUGAUGAUGAUGGUGUCACUAAAAUGCAAGACAUUGAUAUGUGUGAGAUUUAUGGGCUCACUGUUUGCAAGAAAGUACCAUUGCAUCUUCAGCCUAAACUAUACAAUCAUAUGGGGAAGUAAUUAUCUUAUCUUAAUUUUGACUAUUAUGUAUGGUCAAAAUUAAAAUACAAUAAUGUUAUUCAGUUGUAUUAUUGUGGCGCAUGUGUGCCUAAUAAAGUCUAGGAAAUAAACAUAGACUAAGCAUUACUUAGGCAUGAUUAUUGCAGUUUAUUUAAUUUAAAACUUGACAUAUGUUUUCUGUCAUGAAUAUUGUCGCCGAGAUAAUUUGAAAAUA